AUGGUUUUCACUCUCGCCGUCGUAUUGCUGACUGUCUUCAGUUCUGCCUACUGCUCUGGUAAAGACUCAUAUGGAUAUGGUAGCGGGUAUGGCUCUGGGUAUGGAUCCGGAGUUGGAUCCGCAGUCCUUCUAGGAGGUGGCGGUAGUGGAUAUGGUGGUUACGGACUCGGAUCCGGGAUCGGAUCUGUAGCUGUUCUAGGAGGUUUAUCCGGCGCUGGAUAUGGACCAGUAGGUAAAGGCGGAUACGGACCAGCACCAGUUGUUGUCAGUGGUGGAUACGGCUCUGGGUAUGGCUCUGGGUAUGGAUCCGGGGUUGGAUCUGCAGUUCUUCUAGGAGGUGGCGGUAGUGGAUAUGGUGGUUAUGGACUCGGAUCCGGUGUUGGAUCUUUAGCUGUUCUAGGAGGUUUAUCCGGCGCUGGAUAUGGACCAGUAGGUAAAGGCGGAUACGGACCAGCACCAGUUGUUGUCAGUGGUGGAUACGGCUCUGGAUAUGGCUCUGGGUAUGGAUCCGGAGUUGGAUCUGCAGUCCUUCUAGGAGGUGGCGGUAGUGGAUAUGAUGGUUACGGAAUUGGAUCCGGUGUUGGAUCUUUAGCUGUUCUAGGAGGUUUAUCCGGCGCUGGAUAUGGACCAGUAGGUAAAGGCGGAUACGGACCAGCACCAGUUGUUGUCAGUGGUGGAUACGGUUCAGGAUAUGGAUCUGGAUAUGGAUCCGGAGUUGGAUCUGCAGUCCUUCUAGGAGGUGGCGGAAGCGGAUAUGGACCAGUUUCAGUCGGAGCAGGAUACGGACCAGUCUCCGUAGUUUCCGCUGGUGUCGGAGGCGGUUAUGGUUACGGAAAAGGAUCACAAUAUUAG